UACCUACUUUCUAUUGUUUGGCCGAUUGAAUUUCUUUUCCUCCUUCUAAGAAAGAUGGGAAGGUUAAUAUGGUUUUCCCAAAUCCUUUGCCUUUGCUUCAUUUUGUUACAUUUUCAUGCCCAAUGCUCAUCACUUUCUCCCAAUUCACCAGCACAUUUGUGCCGUCCACAAGAGCACUUUGCGUUGCUUGAUUUCAAGACCACUAUUUUUGUGAGAAACUGUACUGGAUAUGUUCGUUAUACAAUACAAAGUUGGAACGAAAGUAUAGACUGCUGCUUGUGGGAGGGCAUCACAUGCAACAAGAUGACAGGUCAUGUGGUUGGCCUUAAUCUUAGUGAGAAUUGUAUUGCUGCCAAUAUAACUUCAAAUAGCAGUCUUUUCCUCCUCAAGAAACUGCAGAGUCUCAACCUUGGUGGAAACUAUUUUAGUUACCCCAACAUUUCAUUUGGGUUUCAAAGUUGGAAGAGUUUGAUAUAUCUUAACCUCACAGACACAGGAUUAAUCCAUAGCUCCCUCCUGUUUGAGAUCUCCUUGCUAUCAAAAUUGGUUUCACUCGAUCUCUCAAAUAAUCAUGAUUUGCUUCUUGACAACACAAAGUUUCAAUUGCUUGUGCAUAACUUGACAGAAUUAAGAUUUCUUUUCCUUGAUUUUGUGAAUAUGUCUUUGGUUGUGCCUUCUUCUCUGCUGAACUUGACUUCCUCUUUGGAGCAAUUGAGCCUUGGAGAUUGUAGUUUGCAAGGAAACUUGCCAAGAGAAGUUUUUCAACUUCCAUCUCUCCAGCUUCUUGAUUUAAGACAAAACUCUGAUUUAGGAGGUAAUUUGCCUGAGUCAAAUUGGAGUAGUCCUCUCAAGUAUUUGUCUCUCAGAAACACAAGCUUCUCAGGAGAGUUGCCUCAUUCAAUCGGAAAUCUUAAACUCUUGGAGGAAUUAGACAUUUUUUGUUGCCAAUUUUAUGGAUCAAUUCCUAGAUCUCUUCCAAAUCUUACAUACAUAACCUCCCUAGAUUUUUCUUUCAACCAUUUGCAAGGGCAGAUUCCAGAUGUUUUUGAAAAAAUGCACAAGCUAACUAAUUUGAGGUUUAGUGCAAACAAUUUUGGUGGUGAAAUGCCUGCAUCAAUCUUCAACCUCACCCAUCUUACUUUUUUGUCAUUGUCAUCAAAUAAGCUAAUAGGGCCUCUUCCUCACAAUAUUAGUGGACUCUCAUCUCUACCUCAUUUUUAUAUGGAUAAUAAUCUUAUCACAGGUCAAGUACCAUCUUGGUUGUUUUCAUUGCCUUCUUUAUACUAUUUAGAUCUCAGAAACAACAAACUUACAGGUCCUAUUGCUCAUAUUGAGAUGCCUAAUCUCAUUUUAGAAGAAGUCUAUUUGUCUAACAAUGAGAUAAGUGGUUCAAUCCCUAGCUCAUUCUUUGAUCUUGUGAGUCUUAGAAAAAUCGACCUUUCUUCAAAUAAUUUAAGUGGCACCAUUACCCCUAACAUGCUUGCAAAGCUUGUAAACCUUGUGAACCUUGAUGUUUCCAAAAAUAGUUUGCUAUCUUUGACCAAUAAUGACACUGUUGUCAACUAUACCCUCCCUGCCUUCUCUAACCUUGUGUCUUUAAGAUUCUCCUCUUGCAACAUACACAAGUUCCCAAGUUUCUUAAGGAAGGUAGCAUUUUUGCCAUUAUUGGAUCUUUCCAAGAACAAGAUUUUUGGUCAAAUUCACAAAUGGGAAAUAGAGGGGAUGUCAGUGGUCAAUUUAGACCUUUCUUAUAACUUCUUGACUGGCAUAGAUUUAUUUGCUUUUGAAUAUCUUUGCGUAGUUGAUCUUAGUUCCAACUUACUGCAAGGAUCACUUCCCAUUCUAUCAACAGCUUGGUAUUUGCAAAUUCUCUUCAUUUCAGGGAAUAAUUUGACUGGUGAAAUCCCAUCUUCUUAUUGCAAUUUCACUUCUUUUAUAGUUCUGGACUUGGCUACUAAUAGUUUGGGAGGUAAAAUUCCAAAAUGUUUUGGAGACUUUAAAGAUCUCUCUGUCUUGGAUCUGCGGUUCAAUCAGUUUCAUGGUAGAAUCCCAAAUUUAUUUGUCAAUAAUAGUUGGUUGAGAACCCUUAACCUAAAUGGAAACCAGUUGGAAAGGGGAUUGCCAUCAUCUUUGGUUAAUUGUAGUUCCUUGGAAGUUCUAGAUGUGGGGAACAACUACUUGUAUGACACCUUUCCACAUUGGUUAGGUGUUCUUCCAAGACUACAAGUUCUCAUCCUUCAAUCUAAUCAAUUUCAUGGUGCCAUUAGCAAUUCUAUGCCAGCAUUUUACUUCCCUGAGUUGAGAAUCAUUGAUGUCUCGCAAAAUGAUUUCAUGGGUCUCCUACCCAGUAACUAUUUCAAAAUUUUGAAAGGUAGUACAAAUGUACAUGGAGAUGAAGCCAAAUUGGAAUAUAUUGGUGAUUCUUUAAUUUAUUAUGAGGAUUCUGUGAAGGUAGUUUUGAAGGGUUUAGAGGUGGAGCUUGUAAGGAUCUUGACAAUGUUCACGACUUUUGAUUUCUCAAGCAAUCAAUUUCAUGGACUGAUUCCUGAAGAGCUAGGAGAACUAAAUUCACUUUUAUCACUAAACUUGUCUCACAACCGUCUCAUUGGUCAUAUUCCAUCAUCCUUGGGGAAAAUGGCAGGACUUGAAUCACUAGAUCUCUCAUCAAACAAGCUUGAUGGUAGGAUUCCUGAGCAAUUGACAAAUUUGACAUUCCUUUCAAUUUUGAAUCUCUCGCACAAUGAACUUGUGGGCAAUAUUCCUCAAGGGAGGCAGUUCAAUACUUUCUCAAAUGAUUCCUACAUUGGGAACCCUGGGUUGUGUGGAUUACCAUUGACAAAGAAAUGCCACAACAAGGAAGAACCAAGAGCACCCCCAUCAAAAUUUGAUAAAGAAGAUGACUCCCCCAUACUCUUUAAUUGGAAGUUUGCAUUGGCAGGCUAUGGGUGUGGACUAGUGUUGGGACUUACUAUGGGAUACAUUGCAUUCACAACAGCAAAACCAUGGUGGGUGGUGAAGAAGGUGGAGAAAUAUCAAGAGAAAUUUGUUGGAAGGUGCAACUGUAGGUGUGCAAGCAAGUGUAUCUGACUUCCUACUUCCAGAAGUUCGGGCAACAAAUAAUGUGUGCAAAUAUAAACUUUGUUUCGCAUUGUUUCUUGAGUUUGUUUGUUUACAUCUUUCAUAUGUUUGUUGUUGAUAUAUAGUUGCAACAUCCAUCUACUUUGAGUAUUGUAUGAAUUUGUGUUGUUUUCUUUUGAAUUUGAUCUAUCUGCUUUGCCCACAGUUCUCAUGUAUUUUCUUACUGUAAUUUCUGUUGAUUUGUCUCUUCAUAUCAUAUUUCUCUCUUCCUUUGGUUUGGUUUGGAACGGUGCCUUCUAUUGAAUAAAAAUGAAAAUUUCUU